AUCUACAUACACACACACAUCCACACACAGAAACAUGUACACACACGCACAGAGACACAUGUACACACACACACAUGUACAGUAUAUACACUACAGAAAUACACAGACACAUGUACAUACACACAGACACAUGUACAUACAUACACAUGUACGUAAAUACACACAAACACGCACACAUGUACAUGCACACAGACACCAGUACACACACACACAUACAUGUACACACACACACACCCCCCCUAUAAAAAGGUGCAGUACUUUGUUGUUCACUCACAGAGCCGGGUACUGCACUCUAGGGGGAAGUAGAGAGCACAGCACACACUGCUUCCUUUGCUUUCACUGCGCUCAGCUAUUGAGCAGUCUGACGGCUCCCAGUGCCAAUGACAGAUCCGGCCUGAGCUCCGAGCCUGCUCAGCAAGAUGGCCCUGGGGGGACACACUCGCCCCCACCAUAAUUUCCACUCGCCACUGGCGAGCAGGCGAGUGGAAAUUUCAAGGCCUGGUCUAAAG